AUGGCGACCAUCACCUCACCGCGCAGCGAAUCCCCCGCGGCGAACCCGAUCCCCCGCAUCACCUCACCGCAGAUCCCACACUCACCCAGCAUCGGCGGCACGCCGACGUCGUCGGUGCGACCGUCAAUCGAGAUCCCCGUGCGGGGGACUACCUCAUCCCCAUCGCUCCAGCAGAAUGGCAGCGGCCAACAACCACACACACAACAGCGGCGCAACCGCGCUGCACUGCGCGACUACUAUAACCUCAAAGCCAAGGGCGCACCAGCCGGUGGCGGAGGAGGAGGAAACGGGGCCGGGAGCAUGCACAGCGUGAGCCGGACGGCGAGCAUCGCCUCGAACGCGUCCGAGUACUCCGCCAGCGGGAAUGCGACGGCCGAGGACCGGGCAGCCUCGUCUUCAGUGAGCGCACAGCUCGCGGCACGGCUGGACGACCCGGCCUUCGACGCCGAGGCGCACGUCGCGGAACUGCUGCGGUCGGCCGGGCUGCGCGACAUCCUGCGCACGGAGAGCGUGCUGGUCAGCGAGAUCCGCACGCUCGACGGCGAACGCAAGGCGCUGGUCUACGACAACUACAGUAAACUCAUCAAGGCCGUCGGCACGAUUGCCGAGAUGCAGAAGGGCAUGCAUCGUGGCGCGGAGCGAGGGUAUGCUGCGGCUCCGGGAGGGUUCUUGGGUCAACAGCACGACCGCCUCGGUGCCGCAGCAGUGGGGAAGGGUGGAAAUCGCCAGCCGCAGAGUCUGGGCCUGGAAGGGGUCGAGAGGUUGGGUGAAAAGCUGGAGGCCCUGGUGGCGGUCGUCAAGGAAUUGGCGCCUGCUGUGGUGGCAGCGGAAGCGGGUGCGCGAGUCGGAGCGGAAGACCAAGCAGGACGCAGUGUACAGAAAACUCGGGAUUUGAAAAGACAGAAGGAGACGGUCAAGUGGGCAUUGGAUGCGCCGGCGAGAUUGCAGGAUCUUGUGGCGAAAGGAGAACAUGACGAGGCUAUCAAAGAACACGAGGCUGUCUUUGAAGUUAUUACUCGCUGGAAGGGCGUUCGUGGCGUCGAUGAGCUACGGGACAAAUGUGCCAACAUCAUGACUGGUGUUAAGCGGACGUCGAGCCAUUCAGACGAUGAUCAAGAGAAUGAUAGUGACGAAGAUGACGACGACGAUGACUCUAGCUGA